AUGUCAAAGGGUCUGGCUCUUGCGCGUCUAUUUCAUCAACAAGGGCAUACCGUGAUUGGAGCUGAUGUGGACGCCUUGGCGUGCGGUCGCGUGUCGCGCGCUGUCCGCAGGUUUUACCAUUUACCAGCCCCGGCUUCCAAUCCGAGUUCUCGGCUGGGCAAAACGUCGCACUACGUGGAAGCUCUUGUGCGCAUUGCCAAGAGAGAGGAGAUUGAUCUGUGGGUGUCUGUAUCCGGAGUUGGGUCCGCCUUCCAGGAUUCCGUCGCCAAGGAUGUAAUUGAGCGGCUCACUGCCACGAGAGUCAUUCAAUUCGACGCGCAGCUGGUAACUACUUUGGACGCUAAAGAUACUUUUAUUGACUACGUGCGGAACCAAGGUCUCAAAGUCCCCGACAGCCAUAAGAUCCGGGACAGAAACGACCUGAUCUCGUUUCUCGUCAGUCGCGGCGGGCUCGUCCAGAAGCCGGGUUCAACCCGGUACCUGAUCAAACCCGUGGGCGUAGACGACGCAGCCAGACUUGACAUGCCGCUUCUGCCGCUUCCAACCGAGAAGCAGACGCUGUCGCGCAUCGACACUCUCCGUUUCCGCAUGUCGUCCUACAUUGCGCAAGAAUUCGUCCAAGGCAACGAGUACUGCACACACUCAUUGGUCAUCCGCGGUCGAGUCAGGGCUUUUGUUGGCUGUCGAUCGAGCGAUCUUUUGAUGCGAUACGAAGCGCUCCCGCAAAACUCACCACUCUGUCAGUCCAUGCGUCGAUUCACCUCGGCCGUGGCGGAGCACGCCGGAGAUGCUUUCACUGGGCACUUGAGCUUCGAUUUCAUGGUCCGCCCCUCGAGUGACGGCUCCGACGAGGCAGGGCAGAUAUACCCCAUCGAGUGUAAUCCGAGGGCGCACACGGCCGUUGUGUUGUUCAGGGAUACGCCGCAACUGGCCAACCUCUAUCUCUCGGCUCUGGACCCAGACGUCAGCGGCAGCAAAGUCCUGUACCCGCAGCAUGUGCAGCGGUACUACUGGUUUGGACAAGAUCUGGUGGAGACGCUGUUUUGUCCGGCGUAUAACAUCAUAUGCCGCGGUGAAGGCAGCAUAAAGGGCCUGCUUUCUCAAGUAGCCUUGUUUACCGAUCAUGUACUGUACUGGAAAGACGGGACAUUUGAGGCGUGGGAUCCCUGGCCAUUCUGGUGGCUCUAUCAUGUGCAAUGGCCAGCUCGGUUGGUUUAUUGCUUGGUGAGCGGGAAGAAAUGGGAAAAGGCCAAUGUCAGUACAGGCAAGAUGUUUGAAGUUGCCUGA